AUGCCUCGUCCUACUCUCUACCACACGUCUGAAGAGAAGGCUGCCGCGCGCCGUGCUACUUCCAAAAAAUACUAUGAAAAGCAUCAAGUUCAAAUCAAUCGCCGAUCGCGUCGCAAAUACAAAAAGAAACUACAGAACAUCCGGAAAGAUAACAUCUCGGAAAGAUGCGACCCACUAUGGCUUAUGGAGAAGGCAAAAGAACAAUUCAACAAACUCACGCAUGGUGCUCUGUAUACGUACCUUGACGAGAUUGCCCAAUAUUGCAUCGCCAACCCUGAGGAGGCCAAGGAAUACUGCGCGUCGAUGGAGGAACAAUGGAACACGUUCAUGAUGGAGGUACAAGGCGUGCUUGGGGAUAUUUUGCAGGCAUAUGGAUGUGGAGACAUCUGGAAAAAAGCAGAUAUGGUGGGCCGCGACAUCCGGCACGUCGUGAGCCUUGUUGAGGAGAUCCAUAUGCAGGCGAUGAGUUCUGUAGAUGACAUCGCUGAUUGGCGUUCCAGUGGUAUCUUUGCUUAUCAGAUCUGUGCCGAGGGUGCCAAGGUCGCUAUCUAG